CUAUAAAAGCACGAAACUGCUAAUUAAGUUUACUACCUAGUUAAUACUUUUAUACUACCCCGUAGCUGAUUCAUCUUUAUUACUGUGAGCAGCAAGUGAUCGGGGAAAUAUUGUAGAACAUUGAACCAAUGCAGCUGAACGCCACGAAAUGCAAGCUAAAUAACGCCUUAUAAGCCACACAGCUAAGCCGAACCUAUUAACUUAGAUAGGACAAUAAUCACGUCAUAAGAAGGCCUGACAAAUCAAAAUUUACAUCAUCAGCUAGCUUUGCCCUAUUCGAAAGGGCAACCACUUCUCCUCGAUCUAUUCGGCAACAAAUUACCGUUUCAAUUGACCUGACCUGCAUGAAUUCGGGUCACUAAAGUUACCAGGCAGCUUAAAUAAAAACGCACCAAACACCCCGCGUUUCUUUUUCUUUUUUUCCCGCUUUUUUCGCAAUUUUCCCAACCUCCAUAUGUCAAGAAACCUGUUGUUUCGUACAGCCCAGUCUACUCUUAGGCAAUCUUUCUACAAGCCGUCGUCGUCGUCGCCGCAAAUCCCGUUUUUGAGACAAUUCCACAUUACCUCGCCCAGAAUGACUGUCCACACCUACGACUCCGCCGACGCCUUCAAGAAGGCAGUUCAGGACAACAAGGUCGUCCUGCUCGACUGCUUUGCUACCUGGUGCGGUCCUUGCAAGGCUAUCGCUCCCAUCUUAACGAAGCACUCGAACGACGAGAAGUUCAAGGACGUGCACUUCGCCAAGAUCGACGUCGACGACCUUCCCGAGCUGGCCCAGGAGCUUGGCAUCACCGCGAUGCCGACGUUCCUGCUGUUCAAGGACGGCGAGCUGACCCCCGCCGAGAAGCUCGUUGGAGCCAACCCCAACGCGCUCGUCAAGCUCCUCGAGACCAACGCCCCGGCUGCGGCUUAAAUUUCCGGUUUACCUAUCUUGCCUUAGGGAGGUGGGGUCAGUCGAUUGGUUGUUGGUCGGUCGGUUGAUCAGUUGAUCGGUUGAGGACCAAAGUAUGAAUUAGAGAGAGACAGACUCGGCGUCGGCCGGGAUAGGAUAUCCCCGCAGAGUUUAAGGUCCCAUUCCGGAGGAGGCUUUGUCGCGCUCAUGCCCGUGCAUAUGGUUGUUGCUUUAUGGAUACCUUAGGUAGAUUUAAGGUUCGCUAGAACUUAAAUGAACAAAUAAUCCCAGUA